UUGAUUGUGGCUAUUUUAGAGUUUAAGAAUGGAGGUAUUAAAUAAGCAGCUAACGCUCUUGACCAAUUACGAAGUUCUACGGCUUGUCAAUGAGUCGAAGAAACAAGAGGAUAAGAAAGCCAAAAACGACAGAAGCAAACACUUGUCCACCAUUCUCUAUGAGACUUCGAAAUAUCUGAAGACCACACCCGCACAAGAACAAAACCCAGAAGUCAUUGAAAAAUUGAUUCGUGCUGUUGCACCAUAUAAGUUAACGGCUGCAGAGACGAUGCAGUUGAUCAAUCUUCGGCCGACCACUGCAGCUGAGAUUCAGCUCAUUGUCGAAGAAAGCGAAGAGCGAAUAAAGACAGAGGAAAAACUUGAAUCACUUGUGGCGACAGUGAUCGAUUGCCUUCCCUCUCGACCCAACAGCAGCAUGGCUACAUAACUGUCAAAUAUGCUUGGUGUUGUUGUUUUGGAUCUUCCGCUUUGUUUGUUGUGAGAAGUAUCUCUUGAAAGUUUGGACUUUCGCAGUUUACGCUCGAUAAUGUUGAUUCAGCAUACACU